CAAAUGCUCUGUGGUAAUUGGCGAUACUGUCACCUCUCAUUUUUCGUGACGACUAUGUUUUUAUCCAAUCUGAUUGGUUUGUGGGACUUGCUUACACGGCGGGAACUUCUAGCUAGCUUGUCAGAUAGUAUAUCAGUUGGACAAGGCAGUCACCAUGGCUGCUCCCCCAGUGGAGUACACCAUAGGAGGGGUGAAGAUACAGUUCCCUUGCAAAGCCUACCCCUCGCAGCUGGCCAUGAUGAACUCUAUAGUGCGAGGGCUGAAUCAUGGACAGCACUGUCUAUUGGAGAGCCCUACAGGGAGUGGCAAGAGCCUAGCCCUGCUCUGCUCUGCCCCCUGGCCUGGCAGCAGGCACAAUAUGGUAAGCUUGAACAGGACGGCAGCAGUCCUACAGAGGGUAAGAAGCCAGCUGUCACCACCCCCUGUCAGUGUGCCUGUCAUAGCAAACCCGCCAGUGUCCCAGACAACAGGCCCAAAGCACUAGCCACUGUGGUGGUGGACCUUACAGGCUCACCGGAGGUAGUGAUGGCACAGGGAUCAUCUUCUCCCACAGACCCAGUGCCCCCUCCACCAGAGGAGUACAAGCCCAAGUCUCUAGCCUCUCGUCUGUCUGACAAGCUCCAGACCUCCCUCACCUCCGAGGAUGAUGACUUCCAACCUGAUAGGAAACGCAUCCGCACCCCUGCCAUGGAGCAGAAGGGUCGUAAGAGGAGGUGCGUGGAGCCGGGAGUGGUGUUUAUAGAUGAUGAGCCAGAAGGAGAGCGGCCAGUGCCUGGAGCACAGACCUGGACUGUGGAGCUGAGUACCCAGGCACAGACUAUAGACCUGCCACUUGAUAGAAACUGCUGUUCCCCCAUGGUGUCCUGCUCUCUCUGCCCCUGUGCCUCAUCCAAAGGCGGCCAGAAUGGAGCCGCGGGGAAGUCUUCAAAGGAGAAGGACAAAGAGGGCAAGAAGAAACAAGUCCCCAAGAUCUUCUUCGGCACGCGCACCCACAAACAGAUCACUCAGGUCGCCCACGAGAUGAAGCGUACGCUCUACUCUUCCGCCCCCAUGACCAUUCUGUCCAGUAGGGACCACACCUGUGUUCACCCAGAGGUGGUGCCUCAUUCCAACCGCAACGAACGCUGCAAGGAACUGCUGGAAGCCAAGAAUGGCGUGUCGUGCCGCUUCAAAAACGGUGUGCACAAGAUGCAGGACCAGAACACUUUGCAGUGGGUCCAUGGUCUCCACCAGGCCUGGGACAUAGAGGACCUGGUUCGGCUGGGGGGCCGGCUGAGGGCCUGCUCCUACUACGCUGCCAGGGACCUCAUGCAGGAAGCCUGUAUCGUCUUCUGUCCCUACAACUACCUACUGGACCCCCUCAUCAGGGAGAGCAUGCAGAUCAACCUGAAGGGUCAGAUUGUGGUUCUGGAUGAGGCCCACAACAUAGAGGACUGUGCCAGGGAGAGUGCCAGCUACACCCUGAACAAACCCCAGCUGCUCUCUGCCAGGGAGGAGCUGGACGGCAUGGUGACCCAUAACAUCAGACGCUCCAACCACGAACCCCUACGUGCCUUCUGCUGCUCCCUGCUCAACUGGAUGCAGGAGAGCUGCAGUGUUCUGGCUGAAAGGGAGUAUGAGAUGUCUUGUAAGGUGUGGAACGGCAAGGAGGUUCUGGGACUCUUCCACACCAUGGGCAUCACUGCUGACACUUUUGCCAUGCUGCAGAAACACCUGGCAGCGGUGUUGGAGAAGGAGGAGCGAGUUGGGCUGGUGAACGGGAGAGAGGACACCGUGGAGGUCCCUACCAUCAGCUCAGCCAGCUCCUCUGUCCUCAAGAGUCUCUUCAUGGUGCUGGACUUCCUCUACAGGGACAAGAGCAGGUUUGCAGAGGACUACCGCGUGGCACUGCAGCAGUCCUACGCCUGGACCACUGCUCCAGACGUACCAGAUGCUCAGGGCUUCUUCGCCAGGCCCAACCGCCGACGCCACAGUGCCAAGACCAAGACCCUCGUACACACACUCAGCUUCUGGUGCCUCAACCCUGCUGUGGCAUUCUCAGACCUUUCGGACAGUGUUCACAGCAUCGUGUUGACCUCAGGCACAUUGUCUCCUAUGGGAUCCUUCUCCUCAGAACUGGGGGUCAAGUUCUCUAUCCAGCUAGAGGCCAGCCACGUCAUCAGCAAGUCACAGGUGUGGGUGGGUACGCUGGGCUCUGGCCCCCAGGGGAGGAAGCUGUGUGCCACCUUCCAGCAUGCUGAGACCUAUGCCUUCCAGGAUGAGGUGGGAGCCCUGCUGCUCAGGGUCUGCCAGGCCGUUGGAAGGGGAGUGCUCUGCUUUUUGCCCUCCUACAAGAUGCUGGACAAGCUGCGUGACCGCUGGACCAACACAGGGCUGUGGGAGAAGCUGGAGGAGAGGAAGACUGUGAUCACAGAGCCUAGAGGAGGAGGGAAGGGAGACUUUGAUGAGCUGCUGCAGGUGUACUAUGAUGCCAUCAGAAUCAGUGGAGAGUUUGCAGGGGACAGAGAUGGAGCUCUGCUGAUAGCAGUAUGUAGAGGGAAGGUGAGUGAAGGACUGGACUUCACAGACGACAACGCCAGAGCAGUGGUCACCAUCGGCAUCCCCUUCCCCAACAUCAAGGACCUGCAGGUGGAGCUGAAGAUGAAGUAUAAUGACCAGCACUGUAAAGCCAGGGGUCUGCUGUCAGGCUCCCGCUGGUAUGAGGUCCAGGCCUACAGAGCCCUCAACCAGGCCCUGGGCAGGUGUAUCAGACACAAGAAUGACUGGGGAGCCCUCAUUCUGGUAGACGACAGGUUUGGGAACAACCCCAACAAAUACAUCUCAGGUCUGUCCAAGUGGGUGCGUAACCUGGUCAGGCACCACGACACCUUCAGAGGUGCCAUGCAGUCGCUGGUGGCCUUCUCCCAGUGCCAACAGGGGGUAGGAGAGAUCCAUGGAGCAGGGAGCCAGACCUUCAACAGCACCACCGUCCUGUCUCCAGCCAGUCAAUCUUCAGUGACUGUGGAAGAUCUGUCCCACUGUCGGCCCAGUCCUAGCCCCAGCUCAGACUGCCUUCUCUGGGCCACGGUGCACCACACUACCACGUCUCAGGUCCCAGAGCCCCACACCCAACUACAGGGGUUCAGGUCCUGGGUUCCCCCUACGGUCUCUGUCCCACCUGCCCUGUGGCCUUUCCCCACCACCAGCACUGGAAAGAGUGGAAACAGAGGUGACCAGAAGCAGACACAGCAACACCCCUCCACUCAUCCGAACAGUGAUCCCAAGUCCCCGCCCCGGAACAUCUCCACUCCCCUCACCACCCCACAGUCUGUGCACCAGCUCUUAACCUCCACCCUUGUGAGCUCCACCCACUUCAAGACUCCAAUCUUCCAGGCCCAGGACCCAAGCAGGCAUCAAGAUCAUCUGGAUGACCCGCCACGGCCUGACUCUGUGGAGGAUGAGAAGAAGAUCCAGGAGAAUGUGAGUCAGGAUCCCUGGAUCCCCUUCCCAGGAGUGAUGGCCCGUGAGGGACUGGAUGGACCGGCAUCUACCCCUCCCAGCCCGGACCAGGACCAGGGUCCGGUUCUAGUCCUCUCCCCAGUGGAGGUCCCUGCCAGUUGUGAGCCCAGACAGACCACUGUAGUUGUUGAUGAUCCCACCCUGCUAGAGGAAGAGGAAGACCAGAGCAUCUUCUUCACACCUGAGAUGUUUGAUGACGAAGAUGAGGUGGUGGACACCAAGCCUCUCCCCAGGACAGUGCAGGGGAUGAUGACAGGGGAGGGAACUGUGCUUGCGUCCAGCCUUGCUCUCUCUACCGGGACAGCCCAGGCUCUGUCUGAGGACCUGUUUGGCCCAGAGCAGGGUCCCAGGGAGGACACAGAGACAGUCACUACCACUGAUACCAAGAGGGGAGGCGCUUUCGCUCCCUCAGCCAGUAGAGACUGUGUCAGUGUGGGAUGGGAACAGGACAGGCAGCAGGGGAGUAGGAUAGGGAGUGGUGACGAGGCCCAACAGACCCAGAGACAGGAGGACCAAGGUCAGGGAGAAGGACAGGAGCUGAACCAGGGGGCGACCCAAGGCCAGAGCAGGCAGACAGGCAGCAGGACACACAGACUGUCCAGGUCCAAACAGAAAGCUCCAGAGCCAUCCUCAGGUCACUGCGCUGAGGUCCUUGUUGCAAGACCGACCCAGCCAUGGAAAGGGAGAGUUGUUCUUUCCAAAACUCAGGCUAAGAACCAGGCCCAGACCCAUGUCAGGUGCAGUCAGAGGAGCAGAGGCAGGACCAAGGCAGGGGUGCCCUUUGCACCCACCUCCAGUCUCCCAGUCCAGCCACAGACCAAAGACCAGAGCCUAGAGGUCCAGGGCAGGACAGCCAGAGUCAGAUCUGCUAGUGUCGCUGAUCCUGAAGAGACUGAGGGAGAGCAGGCUGUCACAGGAUGGAAGGACCAGGCUUCUACCAAGCCUGGGACUAGUAUUAGGGCCAAGACCAGGGGGCCAGAGGACUCUUUCAAGUCAGGAACCAGCAGGACGGCCAGGGGGCAGGAGGAUGUUCCCAAGCCAGAGACCAACAGCAGUAAGGCCAAGGGGCAGGAGGUUACUAGUGUUUUCUGCCAGCAGUACAGCAGCAGGGGGAGAUUGAAGACAACAUGCAGAACAGAGGUGAAGAGAUUCAGGGGGAAAGAGGCACGGUUGACCCCUUCUUGGGAGGGCCUGGAAGAAGUCACGAGCAGCACCCCCGCCACCACAACAGUGCACUUGGACAUUGUCAACCCUAAAUGCGAGGGUAGAGUGUGUGUCCCAGGAAGUCUUGGAGGUGAAUCUGAGACUGAGAGUAGCUCCACUGGUCUAGCAAAGGAAGGGCCUGGUAGUCAGAACUCUUUACAGAAAGGCAUCAAGGUGCAGGAUAGAGGGGGCAACAGGGCCUCUCGGAGGAGGAAGGUGCGUUAGGGGCCACUGCAUAGACCAGAGGAUUAACAACCACAGACCCUGUUCCAGAGGACUAGACUGUGCUGUGUGUGGGCAGCAGCUACUGCCUGUGGCAGAGGGUACAUUUAAUUCCCACAAAUAAACACACAUCCUUAUGUCAGUGAUCCUCAAUCAAAUCAAAAGUGGAUGUUGUAACUUGUGACCGUGUACCUUAAGUGAGCUGCAGAGCACUGUGUGUUAUCUGGAGCAGAUAGCUAGGCUUAAAGGCACCGGCACACUGUCCAUGCCUCCAUGUCCCCCCUACCCCACUGGUGGUAUGGGGGCAUAGCGGCCCUACAGGCCCUCAGAAGCUGUCUUCAGCCUUACAGGGACAACAACACUACAGGUAGACAUUAAAUAAAUAAUACAUCUGACUUUAUCUUUAAUCUUUACGUUGUUGCCUAACCUACAGGAAUUAGUUCAUUUGUGAUUUCACUGUGGAAUAAUACAGCCACAUACGAAGAACCUGCUAUUACAGACUUUCCUUGUUCGGGCUUGUUUUAGUACCUCUGGGGAUGACCAUAAAGAGAGGGAAGCACUGUUAUAGGAGCUAAACAUUGCAGUCAGCAAGAUGUUUCCAUAGUUACAAAACCCCUGCUUCAUUGAUGCCAUAAGUCUAUGCUGGGGAGCUCCCCUCUCUUUGAAGUGAGAGAAACCAACCUGUCUGAACGAUGUCCCAACUCUGAAAGGCUCUAACCUGGAUCCACCCAAAUCACUGACUCAAUAGAUUAUUCAGGACAAAAGAAGCCAUGGUGCCUGCUAGAAUCCCCUAGUCACUUUUCCCUUUGACAGUGGUGCUAUCCAAGCCAAAGAAUAAGAAUGAAUCAUUCUAUUUCUCUGAUCCAAGCACCUUUCAUCCAUACAUACAGUACACACUUCCCCAACAGCAUUCUAUAGUUCCGUUGGUAUAUGUAUUUACAGUCCCUUCAAAGUAAUGAUCCAUUUAAACUAUCUGUCGUUAUAAAACAGCAAUCAGUGUCACUAGCCAAAGAGCGUUUAUACGUAUUCACUUUCCCCCAGGAUUAAGGUGUACGACUUUCUGUGCUGACGAGUGAGUUAAUGUGUGGCUGGCGGCUGAGGCCUUUGAUGCUGUCUCCCUACAGGCUUUUCUGUGGGUUACUUUACAUUUAGUUGUUUUGUCCUUUAUUUUCAUUUUCUCCUUCACUCUCUGAAGCACAGACACACACACACACACACACACACACGUACAGCCUACAAUUCUAUCUGGGACCCAGUGGAGUGCUCUGUGACAAGGCUGCUACAGUGUAGAGGUUGUGCCUUCCACAACCCCUACUCUUCCUCUCCUGCUGCUGUGGUAGCAGCUGAGAUCCAGCACCCACGGGACCCCACCCUGGACCAGGUGAGCUUCAAAGCCUCAACCUGACAGGGAGGGACACAGCACCUUGUACUAGGUGUGCUUGGUCUGGUUGUCCUCUAGCUGGUGCUCCACAGACACAAACAAUUGUUUAUUCCUUAAAAGCAGCCUAUGAAUAAGGAGAGACUAAAUACAUUUGCUUGAAGAACAGUGAUGCUAAGUUUUCUAACAGAAUGACGGUUUGUGACAUCAUUCUGUUACCAAACUUUGUUGAACUCACAGGUAUAAGUUAUGUAAUGACAUCUUUUGUUCUGUGCUUAGUACAAUAUGUUCUUUUCUAUCUUCAUAUGUUGCUGUGGGUUUGAAGUGUGGGUUCAGUAACCAAUGUGACAGAUGAACGUUGCAUUGUAACCAAUAUCUGUCCCUCUUCUGUGUUCAGAAAUAUGCUGUAAUUAUUGAACUGUAUGAUGAUGCAAAAUUAAGACUGAAACAUCAUGCCAAUAUCAAUCUAUGGUUGACAGUGUGUGUGCACGCAUGUGUGAUGGCAUUGUACUGUACAACCUCUUAGAUGUAAAGUCCCCUGUUAUGGGGACCUACUUGGUUCUAGUACCGGUUCCGACUGACAUUUUCACUUAUAAAUCAGUAUGUGGAUACCAUAGAUCGAAAUGGAUUGCAUUGUGGUAGUCCUGAUUCUCAUGGACACAGGAGUAUGUCUCAUCUGCCUGUGUAAAGCAGGAUGUGAAAUCUGACACCACUUGAAGCUGGCAUGUCACUCCGUUUAAUUCGCUCUUCCGACUGUCCAUCAACUCCUGACUAAACCCUACGUCACGAACAGCCACUAACAAUGCAUAUGCCUGGAAUCCUUACAUCGCAAUUCAGCAGGAGAGAGUGGUUUCGUUGCUGUAGCACAUUCAGAGACCGAUUUAUGGCCAGUAAUCAAAAAUAAUUAGAUCAUUUUAAACAAAAAACACUUUGUCAUAGAUGGACAAGAUUAUUAGGAGAUGAAAGGUGAGUUCCUCACGAGUAAUGUAAGCCAAGCUCUGUGAGAAGUUCACAGUGAUGGGGGCAGACGUUUGAUCAAGGGAGAACUUUAGAAAAUAUGCACAUUUUCUCUAACACUAAAUAUACAUCUGUAUUUCACAGUUACAAGCAGUGGUGGAAAAAGUCCCCAAUUUUCAUACUUGAGUAAAAGUAAAGAUACCUUUUUAAUAGAAAAUUACUAUGGGAAGUCACCCAGUUA